CACGAUCGAUCUCUCCACUUCUCCAGGCUCUCGACGACGCUUCCCAUCUCGCCGGCCUCCCUCCCAGUAACUGCCCCUCCUGUUGCCACAGCGCCUGCAGCCCAACGGGGAUCCUGGGCCGACGCUGCUGUUGUCCGGUGGCUCGGUCAAUCGAUCCGUCGCCACGCAUCGAUGGAGAAUCCAAGGGGGCAACGUAGUGGGCGAGUUAAUUCCGACUUGCGAGUUAAUUCCGAUUUCAAUCAAGCAAUCAAAUCGCCCCUUCGUGGUGGAGGUGAUGGGCUCAUCUCACCAUCGGCCGAUGUGCAUGUGAAUUACUACGUCAUUCUUCUUUUGAUGAAGGCAAUUACUGUCUCCUUCUGGACCCUAUAAAUUUCGCCUGCUCCUUCGUAUUUCUCUACGUUCCGCAACAGCAAGCAGUGGUUCUUGCGUAGGUUAUUUUCCUCCCUCAGCCCCUCCCCUUCUCCCCAAUUUAACCCUUCUUGCCAAUUGAUUUAUUUUCCUCUCCAUAUAUGCAUGUAUUUUUUUUUGAGAGAUAUAUGCAGGUAUUGGUCUCUCUGGAUACGUAUUCUCCAAGGAAAUUUCAAAACCGAAACUGAUAUAUUGAUCCAUUUUCAUCUCAGCAUUUCCAAUGGCUGCUGGUCAGGUCGGGUGCACUUACCUGAAUUUUUAGCACCACCUCCAGAUCUUGCACACCUUAUGCGUUUUAAUGGUGGCCGUGAAAGUCGCCCAUUUGCUUCCGUCGGAUCUUAGUCCUUCCAAGCGGUGUGUCACUGUCCGUGCACGUGUUGUCCGUGUUUGGGAAUUCACCAAGAAUGAAUUUAUGCAUCUCGACAUUGUUCUCAUUGAUGAGAAGGGGGACAAGAUGUAUGGUGAGGUAGCAGCCCUCCAUGUAGACAAGUUCAGGGAGCAACUGACCGAGGGCAAUGUUUUCCUCAUCAAGGACUUCUUCGUGCAGCAAUCAAAGAACAUGUACAAGGCUGUUGAAGGGGAAUUCAUGAUCAAGUUAACUCCAAGGUCAAAGGUCGAGGUGCAGCAGAAUGUGCCUGCUGAUUUUCCUCGCUACACCUAUUCACUUAGUGAUUUUCAGAUUUUGCCCAUCCUUAUCCGACACACAGACUCAUUUAUAGAUGUACUUGGAAUACACUGCAUUCUCAGGUCUUCUAAAGGUCCGGUUACCCAGUAAAUCCCAGGAGUCAGACAAAAGGAACUUGCAGAUAACUGACAUCGAUGGAAACAUCAUGGAUGUUGCGCUAUGGGGGGAACUAUGCGCUAUCUCGGACGAUGAUACCUGGUACCUUUACGUACCAAUCAGUUGAAACACAUCAGGCCCAUGUAUUCAAUAAUGACAACGCUACAAAAUGUCGCUCGGACAACUGAUGGCCUAGCGGGCUACAAGGCUGAUGAUUUCUCCAAUCGAAUUUUCGUCCUCCUUCACCUAACGGCUGGGAGGACUAUCACCAUAACAGGGUUUCAAAGCAGACGGUUCAAACAAAUGAACGAUACUAAUGAAGGAAUUUCAUGCAAAUUUAACUAUCAUAUAUGUAUCCUUCUCUUUGGUUUUGUUCCUAUCAUCGUACUGUCAAAACUGACGGGUGCGGCAACGCACACCAUCAGGAUCUAGUAUACCCAUAUGCACACAUCAAAAGUAGAGGUGCAAACACUGACUCGGCUAAUUUUAUUUCAUUCUAAAACAACAUAGGGCUUGAUGAAAAGUGAUCAUAACCGGAGCGCAUGUCCUGACCAUACACGAACGCACAACAUCUAAUUCGGAAGCCGCAUUUGGACACGAUCGGUCAAGCAGACCAUCAGCGCACACCGCAUGCGCACGUUCCAACAUCAGCCGUCGCAGACCGUCUACAGGACAUGGAUCAAAGCAUUGACUUUGAGAGGCCUGCCAUCGGCCUCGCCACGACACCAAACAAUGCCAUCGUCCUGCACACUCCAUCGUUACGUGUCCGCCGUUGAGACCCCGGUGCACCAUGUCAUCGAGACUUGAGAUGCCACGCCAAGUUUUCAA